ACGGCUUGCCCAUUACGUUACAGCGGUCUCCUCCGCGGCUUGUCUCCUGACACCACCAUGCCGGCUGAUGCCAAUGGUCAGUCCAUGCCAACCAGCGCUUCCGCGAACUAUGUUCCUCUCUAGGCCGGAUAGAGAAGCCUCGACUUUUUGCUGGAAAACGAGGCGAAGACCCCACCACCUGGCUCGAAGAAUAUGAAAGAGUCAGUGACGUCAAUAUGUGGGACGACUCGUUUCGCCUCGUCAAUGUCAUCUUCUAUCUGGCGGGAACAGCAAAGGUGUGGUUUGAAAACCAUGAAGACUCCAUAACGUCCUGGGAUGCAUUUAAAACCCAGCUAUCGGCCAUAGUUGGAAACGCUCAGUUCCAAAAAAAGGAGGCCGAAGGUUUACUUGCCACUCGAGCUCAGCAGCCCCAGGAGACCUGCACAGACUACAUCGAAAACGUCCUGAAGCUCUGUCGAAUCAGCAAUCCCGCAAUGUCACACGAAGAAAAGGUAGGCCACCUGUUAAAAGGCAUUGCAGAAGACGUAUUUAAUUUUCUUUCGGUGCGGAACGUAACCACUGUCGAAGAGCUAGAGACAGAAACACGCAAGUUCGAGGCGAUGCGGCGAAAUCGUAUACGAAGCCCGGCCUUCGAGCGCCUGCCUAACGUUCACAACAUCGCCGCUAUGGAUUAGUGCGGUCCUGACCUGGAGACCAUGGUGCGUACCAUCAUUCGUCAAGAACUACAAGCACUCUUCCGCAACCAACACGGUACCCCUUCCUUUUUGUCGAAUAUCCGACAAGUUGUGAACGAAGAAAUGCGCGAGUUUGGAGCCGACAUCAGUCCCCAUACCACCCACAACCAAGAGCUACCGUCUCCAGGCCCAUUUCCGCAACAGCAACCUCGACCACCUGCCUGGCAGCCCCCAACAUCAAUUCCUGUCCAAUCGAGCUUCCCGGUCCCACAAUAUCAGACCUUUCCUCCUAACGGCCCUUGGACCCCUUCUGCAUACUACCCAUCAUAUGGAAAUUACAGGAGGUCCGCUACUUACGGACGCACUCCCGACGACCGCCCAAUUUGCUUUGGAUGUGGACGUGUAGGUCACAUUCGGAAGUACUGCCGCUCUUGUCCGCCUAAGCUUUGGAAUACUCUGAACUCACGUAAAGACGCUUGGUAUGAUGACGCUUCAGCUUUUGGAGGCAUUUCGGGAAAGUCGUCGUCCACUCCUCGCAGCAUGCCACGAUGUCGGUCCCGCUCUCCACCGCCAUCCUCGCCUGCUCCCUACCGACCUACUUCUCCGCCACCGUCACGGCGCUCUAGGUCCCCAGCGGGAAACUAAAGAAAGCGACCUUCGGGGGCCGGGCCGCUACAAGUAUUGACCAGGAAGUGCCCCUCAGCAACGUGCUUCGCAUGCCCAAGAACAUUGUUGAUAUCCACAUUGACGGUACCCACAUUCAUGCUCUCACUGACACAGGCACAUCGGUUAGCGUGAUCAGUGAUCGGCUGCGGAGAAAGUUGAACAAGGUUGUGACCCCAUGGACCAGUCCUUGCCUUCGAGGCGUUAAUGCGCACUUAUUGGACCCAAUAGGACUUUGCACACCACGUAUCACCAUCUCAUCGCACGUCGUACCCGCACAGUUUUGUCAUUCUGGAACACUGCUCCCAUGAUCUCAUUCUAGGAAUAGAUCUCCUGCGUGCACACCGAGCCCUCAUUAAUUGUGCUUCGGACGAGGUGGAAAUAUCGCCAUUUUCUAAUCUGGAAUACGAAAGCGACUUUAAGCGCGCAGGUUGUGAUAUAUACCAGCUAACUCUCGACACUACUACCGUGCUUCCCGCACAGGCGGCUCUCUGUGCACAAGCAUCAUCAUCCCUUAUAGCCGCACAGACGAACCCUCAAGACGUUAUUACUGAACCAAAUGAUCGCCUCAUGCUCCAAAAAGGGAUUGUAUCUUCCCGCAGCCUAGUGACGCUGGCAAACGGCUCAACUUCUAUUUGGCUCGUUAACCCAGGCUUCUCUCCACAAACGCUUCCUAAGGGCGUAACAGUCGCUUCAUUUACAAUGCCGAUAUCCUGCGCCAGCUACAUCACCGCCUCCUGACCCAGCUGAGGACAUACUCCCGGAGCGCCUUCUGUCCAUGAUCGACGGUGCGCUCGACGACGAGAACCGAGUAAAAAUUAUGCGACUUCUGCACCCUUACGGUACUAUCUUUGACUUCGAGAAGAGGCCCCUGAAACGCACAUCCGUCGUCAAACAUUGUAUCGACAGUGAGGGUCAGGGUACCAUAAGGCAGAAGCCGUAUCGAGUGUCCUUCGCUGAACGCCAGGUCAUUCAAAAAGAAGUCGAUGACAUGUUGAAAGGCGACAUUAUCCAGCCCUCUUGCAGUCCCUGGGCUGCACCAGUUGCUUUAGUACGAAAGAAAGAUAACUCAUGGCGCUUUUGUGUCGACUACAGAAAACUCAAUAAGAUCACUAAGCGGGAUACCUAUCCAAUGCCACGUAUUGAUGACGCACUCGAUUCCCUACAAAAUGCAAAAUAUUUUUCCUCGAUCGAUAUGCGAUCUGGAUGCUGCCAAAUGGGCUUUACGAGUUCAAAGUAAUGCCGUUUGGUUUGUGCAACGCCCCAGCUACCUUUGAGCGAAAGGUCGACAACGUUCUUGGCAAUUUGAAAUGGACCACUUGCCUCUGCUACUUAGACGACAUCGUUUUGUUUGGAUCUACGAUUGAUGAGCUCAAUGUCCGUCUCGACCAAGUUCUUAAUUGCAUGCGCGCCAACCUCACGCUGAACAGUAAGACGUGCCGGUUCGGUUCACAAGAACUCACGAUCCUCGGCCAUGUCGUGUCUGCCGACGGUAUUCGGCCUCUCCCUAAGAAGAUCGCCGCAGUUGCAGAAUUUCCCUGUCCAACCACUGUUAAGUCUUUGCGGAGUUUUCCUGGGUUAUGCUCUUAUAUCCGCAGGUUCAUCAAGGACUUCACGAAAAAGCACACCCCCUUCAUGCCCUUUUAAAAAAAGGCUCUUUGUAGAGUUGGACUUACGAACACGAGAGCUCCUUCCAGAUCCUCAAACGCGAACUUUCUUCCGCCCCUUUACUACGACACUUCAACCCAGACAAACCAACGGAACUUCACACGGAUGCUAGUGGAGUGGGACUCGGUGCAGUCCUGGCUCAACGCUGGGAGAACGUAGAACACCCGGUUGCCGGGGGGUAUUGUCACGGGUAAUAGGCGAGCGUAAAAGGACGAAGACGUUAUCUUGCGCGGGUAGCGUUCUCGCUCCCUCUCGUGCUGGCCGCAUAAUAAACAGCAGUCACCUCCGAUUCUCUUAACAAUGUAAAGUCAGAAUUCGUCUGCUACUGUGUUUCGCUGUUCUGCGAAUUCAAGUGCUCGCAAAUGAUUGCAGCUAACUUGGAACCUGUAGACCUGAAUCUGUAGACAAAAAGUGCAACACGUUUUCCAGAAUAUAAGCCUUGAGAAAAAUAUGGGACCGUUUUGCGCUUUACUUGAAAGUUUCCAAUUUAGUACGCGGGGACGUUCCGUCGCUACCCGCAGACGAUGGUGCGAUGGAGAAAGCACGUUCGUGAUUGGUUACCGCCGUUGAAAACACGAUACUGAUUGGCUGACUCGUAGUUGUUACGUCGCGUCGACGAGUAAGCAGGCUUUCUCAAUCUAGAUGGUGUUGCAACGGCCACCACAGUCACCCACGAGGAAGGAGCCGAGCAGGCUCCGAAACCGGGUAUAGGAGCUAUUCACGUACGUCACUGAAAUGAUGCAUGCUGGGACCGGUCGGCAUUUUGUGGUACCAUCGCCGUACAUCUGCGUACUUUCUAAAGGCUUACGCCGUGAUUUUUACCCGUUGAUUCUUUCCACGUGGGAUUUUGCGACAUUAUGCAGUAGUCGCACUCAGGUGAAGAAGCUGAAGGCUAGGAGCAAUCAGCCAGACCCUCACUUCUUCAAAAGACCGAAUUAAACGAGUGAAAAGACACAGGAGUUCUCAGAAAGGCGCUGCCGUGAAUGGCUGUCACGCAUGAACAACAAGACCUCGGUCCAGACUUGGACAAGUACAUGGUUUGCUCACGGCACUUCAUCUCAGGAUCUCCGUCACAACUCUUGGAUGAACGCAACCCUGAUUGGGCACCUUGCCUGCACUUAGGCUAUGACAGCAGAGGUGCUACCACUAAUGGAAGCCGCUACAAAAGGCUCAAGCAGCGUCAGUCAGCUGUAGGCAUAGUUGCCACAGACGCAACACCGGGAUCAGUGUCAUCAAUUCUAGUCUCAGCAGAGCCUUUUGAUGCUGAUGCCCUUUCUGAUGACAUGCCAAGUACGAGUACAAAGGAUGCCAAACUGGAUUGA